CACUGAGAGGUCCCGCCUGCAGAGGUCCCUUAGCCUCCUGACUGACUGACUGACUGACUGGCUUCGGCGGCCUCGGGCCCGAAGUCGGGGAGCUGCCUGUGUGCGGGCGGCGACAGGAGCGGAGUCAUGGCCUCGGGUGGCUAUAAUCCCUAUAUAGAGAUAAUUGAGCAACCGAGGCAGAGGGGCAUGCGCUUCAGAUACAAAUGUGAAGGACGCUCAGCAGGCAGCAUUCCAGGCGAGCACAGCACAGACAACAACCGGACAUACCCAUCUAUCCAGAUAAUGAAUUAUUAUGGAAAAGGAAAAGUGAGAAUUACGUUGGUAACAAAGAACGACCCCUAUAAACCUCAUCCUCACGAUUUAGUUGGGAAAGACUGCAGAGAUGGUUACUAUGAAGCAGAAUUCGGACAAGAACGCAGGCCUUUGUUUUUUCAAAAUUUGGGCAUUCGUUGUGUAAAGAAAAAAGAAGUAAAAGAAGCUGUUAUUUCAAGAAUAAGUGCAGGAAUCAAUCCCUUCAAUGUCCCUGAACAACAGUUGCUUGAUAUUGAAGACUGUGACCUCAAUGUGGUGAGACUGUGCUUCCAAGUUUUCCUCCCUGACGAACAUGGUAACUUGACAACUGCACUUCCUCCUGUUGUGUCUAACCCAAUUUAUGAUAACCGUGCUCCAAAUACUGCAGAGUUAAGGAUUUGUCGUGUAAACAAGAACUGUGGAAGUGUCAAAGGAGGAGAUGAAAUAUUUCUACUUUGCGACAAAGUUCAAAAAGAUGACAUAGAAGUUCGGUUUGUGUUGAAUGAUUGGGAAGCAAAAGGCAUCUUUUCACAAGCUGAUGUGCACCGUCAGGUAGCCAUUGUUUUCAAAACUCCACCGUAUUGCAAAGCUAUCACAGAACCAGUAACAGUAAAAAUGCAGCUACGGAGACCCUCUGACCAGGAAGUGAGUGAAUCUAUGGAUUUUAGAUAUCUGCCAGAUGAAAAAGAUACUUAUGGCAAUAAGUCAAAGAAACAAAGAACAACUUUACUUUUCCAGAAACUGUGGCAGGAUUGUGAUAAGUAUUGUGCUAACUUAAAUGAGAAAUCAAGACCUGCAGAAGCAAGAUUCAUCAAAAAAGAAUCAAACUUCUUUCCUCAUGGUAUAGUUCGGACAGAAACGGGGGCUGCCAGUCAAGCAGAAUCCUACUAUUCUUCAACUGUGUCCAUUUCAAGUGGAUUUACACACCAUACGUCAGCUACAUCAAUGGUACCUCCAUCUUCUUCAAGCUGGUCCUCAAUGAUCCACUCCACCUCACGCUCAGUCAAUUCAGAUCCACUGGCUAGUUUUCCAGCAGGGACACUUUCCUCUAAUUCACAAGGUAUCUCAUCGUUCCUGGAUAUCUCUACUGGAAAUGAUUUAAACACUUCUGAUGCUUGCAUUUAUAACAAUACUGAUGACCUAAGCAGAAUGGAAGCAUCACGCAUGUCAUCAGCUAACAUGUAUAUUACGGAUGCCAACAUACUGUCUGACUGCUCUGUGAAUAUGAUGACAACCAGCAAUGACAGUAUGAGGGAAGCUGAUAACCCAAGACUCCUGAGCAUGAGCCUGGAAAAUCCCCCGUGUAAUUCCUUGUUAGACCCAAGAGACCUGAGAGAGCUCCAUCAGAUGUCUUCCUCCAGUAUGUCAGCAGGAACCACAUCUAGUUCUUCUGUUUUUGUUUCACAGUCAGAGGCAUUUGAGCGAUCUGACUUCAGUUGUACAGAUAACAGCAUGAUAAACGAAUCUGGACCAUCCAACAGCACUAAUCCAAACAAUCACAGUUUUGUUCAGAGUAGUCAAUAUUCAGCUAUUGGCACUAUGCAAAAUGAGCAGCAGCUGAAUGACUCCUUUGCAUAUGGAUUUUUUCAAGUGUAAUUUGCAAAGUUGAAAUGUUUGCAAUUAUUUUGAUACUACCUAUAUAGAUACAACAUUUUUUGUCUAGCCAAGAAUACAAUACAAAACCAAUUUUUGCUUAUUAAGGGAUAAUAAUCCAGAAACUUGUUUUACAGGGAGUAAAACAAUUCACUGUAAAUUUUGGUUACAUAGAGCAUAAAACAGUGUUAAAACAGUAUAAGCAUUGAUUACAUAGAACAGAAAGCUCAGGAAGCAGAACGUAAAGGCCUUUGUUGUUCCUCGUAUUUAAUGAUACGACCUGACAUGUAUGGUGUGAUUUUUGUCCUUCGUCUUACCGUAUUUCUCUAGUACAGACUUAUAAGAAUGUUAAAGCAAUAUUCCUGUGUGCUUUUUAUACUUCUUUUAUAAUGUAUUAAUGUAUCCGUAGUUAAAUGAACUAACUGAUAA